UCCGAUCUCGUUAUUUCGACCGGAAAUCUCGCGAGAGGUCAAGCUGUCUUGAAUUCUCCCAGAAGCCCCCGCUCUUCCUCUUCCCCUAAGCGGCCCGAGGUGAGCAAUGGUCCGCUACUCGCUAGACCCGGAGAACCCCACGAAGUCCUGCAAGUCCCGAGGCUCCAACCUGCGCGUUCACUUCAAGAACACCCGAGAAACUGCGCAGGCCAUCAAGGGCAUGCACAUACGAAAAGCCACCAAGUACCUGAAAGACGUCACCUUACAGAAACAGUGUGUGCCAUUCCGCCGCUACAACGGUGGAGUUGGAAGGUGUGCCCAGGCCAAACAGUGGGGCUGGACACAGGGUCGGUGGCCCAAAAAGAGUGCUGAAUUUUUGCUGCACAUGCUUAAAAAUGCAGAGAGUAAUGCUGAGCUUAAGGGCUUAGAUGUUGAUUCUCUGGUCAUUGAGCAUAUCCAGGUGAACAAAGCCCCUAAGAUGCGCCGCCGGACGUACCGGGCUCAUGGUCGGAUCAACCCUUACAUGAGCUCCCCCUGCCACAUUGAGAUGAUCCUCACUGAAAAGGAGCAGAUUGUUCCUAAGCCAGAGGAGGAGGUUGCACAGAAGAAAAAGAUAUCCCAGAAGAAAUUGAAGAAACAAAAACUUAUGGCACGGGAAUAAAUUCAGCAUGAAAUAAAUGCAGAUAGAAGUGAAA